AUGAGGGACACUUUUGACUACAUUGACCGAGUCUUCAAGAUCGUUCGGCCAAGAAAACUACUGUACAUGGCCCUGGACGGUGUGGUGCCCAGGGCCAGAAUGAACGCGGAGCGCUCGAAACGCUUCAAGGGCGCCGAGGAGUCCGAGCAGCGGGCCACGAAAGAGCACGCGCUGCGGUCGGCGCUGGAGGAACGCGGCGAGCGGCUGCCUCCCGAGCGUCCGGACUUCGACGCCAACUGCAUCAUGCCGGGCACCGGUUUCAUGGAGCGGGUCACCAAGUCGCUCCACUUCUACAUUCACCAGCGGCUCAACUGGGACGACAGCUGGAAGGACGUCCAGGUUGCGCUGUCCGACUCAAAGGUGCCCGGCGAAGGAAAGCAGAAAAUAAUGGACUUUAUCCGGACGCAGGAGAAGCGCCCCAACCACGACCCGAACACGAAGCAUUGCAUUUAUGGUCAUGAUGCUGACCUGAUCAUGAUGUGCUUGGUGAUGCAUGCCACAAACAUCACCAUCAUCAAGGAGGACCACCGCUUUGACAUCAAGUUCUGUCGACUCUGCCAACAGACGGGUCACGACAUGGACAGAUGCGAAGGCCUUCCCGACGAGCGCCAAGAACGGGUGCCCGCACUCGAAGUGCCACUAGCAUUCGUCCACAUCAACGUGUUGCGUGACCGGCUGGCACGGGAUCUUCGAGUGAAGGACGUACCGUUUCCGUUCGACCCGGCGAGGGCCAUUGCCGAUUGGGUGUUUCUGUGCCUUGUCGUUGAAAACGACUUCCUACCGAACCUGCCAUCUCUUUCAGUCAGUGAAAAUGCCGUUGAAAGACUCGAAACUAUCUACACGCAAACGCUGUGCAACCAGAAGGGCUACCUCACGGAAAAUGGAAGCGUCGAGCUCACACGAUUCGAAGCGCUCAUGACCGAGUUGGCCAAGUCGGAAGAGGAGAUAUUCUGGAGGCGCCGCCGAAACCAAGUGAAUGCCGGAACGAUAGAGAGAGAAAAGCAACAGCGGAAGGCGGCAGCCGACAAGGAAAAAGAGCGAGCUUUCAGCACGGACGAACGGUUGGCCGACUUUGACGACGAACUCGUAUCCACACAAGGCGCCAAGCGUUUUCUGUCCGACGAGAGCCUUGACGAAGAAGAGGACGACAUUGACGACGAAGUGCGCCUUUGGGAACCUGGCUGGAGACAGCGGUACUACGUGGCCAAAUUCGACGUCAGCUCGAAUGACGAGGCGUUUCCGCAUCACCUGGCCCGCGAAUACACCGAGGGACUUUGCUGGGUGCUUCGGUACUACGUUAAGGGAUCCGGGUCAUGGAAGUGGUUUUUCCCGCAUCUCUACGGGCCCUUUGCGUCGGAUUUCGUCAAUGUAGCCGACAUUGUCGUCGACACUAACCAAGAGACCGAACCUCUCAAGCCCAUGGAACAGCUGAUGUUCGUCCUGCCGGUGACCAGCAGCCGUCACCUGCCCGAACCGCUGGCUGACCUCAUGGAGGGCCCGGUGAGCGCGGUUCUGUGCGCGGCUUUGCGUGGCCCGGCUGACCGUACUGCCCACCCUGUUAGAUUGCCCAACCUUGAUCGUACUCAUCACCUUGUCCCUGUGCCUGUCCGUUCCUCUUUUCUUGGACGGUAA